CUCGUUGGUUGGGUGACAAUUCUCUCACGCACGACGUCUCUGAGAGAGAGAACCCUAAGCUUCCGACAAAUCCCUUCUUCUCUAUUGCUUCUUCUUGUCCCUUUGGUUGAUUACGAAUUCAAAUUCCCAAUCAAUUUCAAUAAGCUUUGGAGUUCAUAUUGAGUUUAUUGGUGGAUGUUGAAGCUAUCUAUGUUAUAGUUAUUAGAAAUUUUGGGGAGAUACACUCUGGAGGAAGAGUUGAGAUCAAUUUUAAUAUAAAGGUGGAGCUUCGAAAUGUUGCGUUUCAGUUGUAGUGGUUUCGAUAUCUCAAGUUGUUUUAUUCAUCUUGCUGAGUGGCAUCCUUUGGAAUAACGAAGCUUACAGGGCCUUGAAGCCCCUCUUUUUGCAGAGUUUCGAAAUUGUUAGCGUGUCAGCAGUUGAGUAUUCAUAAGUUUCGGUGUAGAUAAUGUUUCGUGAUAGUUUUUCAUUUGCCCAAGUGAUGGGUUGUUUUGGUUGCUUUGGUUGCUCUGAGAGAUCAAGACAGUCGCCAAAUCCAUACGAUGAUGAUAUGUAUUCCAAUGAUGGUGAUGAAAAUAGUAAUGCGGAAGGAGGAGAUGAAGAAGAAGAAGAAGAGGAAGUGGAGGAGCAGAGCCGUUCUAAACGAUCUGAAGAAAUUUUGAAAUGUAAAUUACAGAGUGGAUUAAUCUGCAGGCAGUUUCCAGUGAAGGAAACUAACAAGCUUGUACGCGGAGAGGAUGAAGAUGGAAAUAAGACAAUAAAUGAGUUUGUUCGUGAGCGUAAAAUUGGAUCUGGUAGCUAUGGGAAAGUGAUUCUAUAUCGCAGUACUGUUGAUGACAAGCAAUAUGCUAUUAAGUCAUUUCACAAGUCACAUUUAUUAAGGCUACGGGUUGCACCUUCAGAAACUGCAAUGGGGGAUGUUCUUCGCGAGGUUAUGAUUAUGAAAAUCCUGGAGCAUCCUAAUAUCGUUAAUCUCAUUGAGGUGAUUGACGACCCUGAGUUUGAUGAUUUUUACAUGGUUCUCGAAUAUGUUGAUGGAAAAUGGGACUAUGAUGAUUCUGGACCACCGGGUGCUCUCGGAGAAAACACUGCUAGAAAGUACUUGCGCGAUGUAAUUGCUGGUCUCAUGUACCUUCAUGCUCAUAAUGUAAUUCAUGGGGACAUCAAACCAGACAAUUUGCUGGUUACUUGCACAGGGAGAGUGAAAAUAGGAGAUUUCAGUGUCAGCCAAGCAUGCAAUGAUGAUGAUGAUCAACUGCGUAGAUCUCCCGGAACCCCUGUGUUUACUGCCCCAGAAUGUUGUUUAGGUAUAACAUACAGUGGCAAAUCUGCAGACACAUGGGCAGUGGGAGUUACUUUGUAUCAUAUGAUAUUAGGACAAUACCCAUUUCUUGGUCAUACACUUCAGGAUACUUAUGACAAGAUUGUUCACAACCCAUUGAUAAUCCCGGAUGGACUGAAUCCUCAACUCAAGAACUUGAUUGAAGGUCUCCUUUGCAAAGAUCCAAACCAGAGGAUGACGUUGAAAGCUGUAGCGGAGCAUCCAUGGGUUACUGGUGAAGACGGGGCUAUUUCCGAAUACUUUUGUUGGUGCAAACGCAAAGCUAGAGAAGAAGAACAACCUAAUGGGAUAGCAAAUGUAGCUGAAGGCUAGGACCAGUAUACUUGAACAUGGCAAACAUAUCGUUGUAAUAGUUCAUUGUGGCAAUCUUACUUAAUACCGUCAUCUUUGAAGACUCUUCUUGAUUGUUUUAUUUGUCUGUUUGCUUUCUUUUUUUUUUUUUUUGUUAUAAAGGAAACUUUGGGUGAUUGGAUCUUUUGAUCUUAUGAGACAAUUCAAUGAAGCUUAUAAGCAUAUGAGAGUGAGACA